AUGUCUUCGCUUUUAACCUUCGAUGCGUUAACACACGCCAUUGCUGGAGCUUCUGGCAGCGCGGUAGCGAUGUCUACCUUUUAUCCAUUAGAUCUGGCUAGAACUCGUCUGCAAGUUGAUAUGCAGACCAAACUGGUUAAACCAACCCAUCAGAUAUUAGCCAAAAUUAUCCGAGAGGAAGGAUUAUCUGCUCUUUAUACCGGCUUCGGACCUGUGCUAACCAGCCUGUAUUGUUCGAAUUUUGUCUAUUUUUAUGCCUUCAAUGGAUUGAGGAUGUUGGAUGUGGUUAAACAACUACCUUUAACUCAGUCAGUUAGUGAUUUAGUGGUUGGAAUGGUUGCUGGUACUAUUAAUGUUUUUGCAACAACUCCACUUUGGGUUGCAAAUACAAGACUGCGUUUGCAAGGUGUGACUGUUCGUGAUUAUAACAAUAAAGUCAUAAAAAAGACUCAGUAUACCGGUAUUUUUGAUUGCUUUAGACGUAUUAUCAAGGAAGAGGGAAUACUUUCCUUAUGGAGUGGUCUAGCACCAUCAUUGGUAUUAUGUUGUAAUCCCGCUAUUCAGUUCAUGUCAUAUGAAGCUCUUAAAAGAUACAUUACUCGAGGAAAAAACAAUAUGCAGAUUCCAUCUUGGUUGGUAUUCCUAAUGGGCGCAAUCUCAAAGGCUAUUGCAACUGUGCUCACUUACCCUCUGCAAGUCUCUCAAGCUCGUUUAAGGCACAAUACUUCUGAAAAGGCCAAUAAGAAGCAUCAACCUAACAUGACAGUCACACAUCGAAUUUUACUCUGUCUUAUUUACCUCGCUAGGCAUGAAGGUUUCUCUGGUCUAUUCAAAGGCUUGGAGGCGAAGCUAUUACAGACCGUCUUAACUACAGCUUUGAUGUUUACCAUGUAUGAAAAGAUUAUGUCGUUCGUUCUGUUUGUAACGAAGGCAUCACGAAAGAAGGCAUCAUUGUCUGCUUAA